GACUUACACAGCGCAUUUAGGCAACUAUGUCUGGUCGCGGCAAGGGCGGGAAGGGCCUGGGCAAGGGGGGCGCCAAGCGCCACCGCAAGGUGCUGCGCGACAACAUCCAGGGCAUCACCAAGCCCGCCAUCCGGCGGCUGGCCCGGCGCGGCGGCGUCAAGCGCAUCUCCGGCCUCAUCUACGAGGAGACCCGCGGGGUGCUCAAGGUGUUCCUGGAGAACGUGAUCCGGGACGCCGUCACCUACACGGAGCACGCCAAGCGCAAGACGGUCACGGCCAUGGACGUGGUGUACGCGCUCAAGCGCCAGGGCCGCACCCUCUACGGCUUCGGGGGCUGAGCGCCCGGGACCCACCACGACCUCCCCAAGCACAGAAAAGGCCCUUUUCAGGGCCCCCAUCCUCUCAGCGAAGGAGCCGUGACGCGGGUUUCGCUUUGUGUUCUCUGACUUUGUUGUGUUAACUCCUAUUCUGGCCUUUGCACUCCUAUUCCUUACGUGUCCAGACUAGGAAAGUCUUACUGCCAACUGCCCACA